CUCUUUCCACAACCUUCGUCGGAAUCUGAAUGUGGUCAGGCGGCGAUGGAGACAUUCUUCGCUGGUGAUAUUGCAAAAGAAUUGAUAAAGGAACUCUUGAAUGUGGUCAGGCAGACCUAUCUUUGCCGGCCGGCCGCCGAGCAGCUGAAGCGCUCCGUCGAUUCUUUGCUUCCCAUCAUCCAGGAGAUCCGCCUCUCCGGCGUCGAGCUCCCGCAGCACCGACAGAAGCAGCUCUCCGAGCUCGCGGACAACCUCCGCCUCGCCCUCGACCUCGCCCGCAAGGCCGCCGCCUCCCCCCGCUGGAAUGUCUACCGGUCCAUGCAGCUCGCUCGCAAAAUGGAGCGAAUCGAUCACUGGAUUACCCGCUGGCUUGAGCGCCAGGUGCCCGCCCACCUCCUGGCCGACGUCCAUCACAUCCGCGUCGACUACACCGCUCGCCUCGACCGCAUCGAGAGGACCCUCGACCUCACGGCCGCCUCCGCGGUCGCGAGAGGCCCGGUAGCGUUUGGGACUGCGCCAUUCUCGGUGUUCCCCGAAACGAUAGAGGGAUUUGUGCCCAUUAGGGCACCGAUUGCGAUGUGGAGCCCGCCUGCAACGUCGUGCUUCCCGAUGCCGGAGAUGAUGGAGGGGUUGAUGAUGCCCACCGAAGCAGCUGCGGAAGCACCGGUGGCGAUGGGGAAGUCGCCGUCGUCAAGGUUCCCGGUUGCUGAAAUUAUGGAGGGGCUGAUGCUGGCGGGAGAAGGGGUGAAACCCGUGGGGGUCGGAAUCAGGGUCGGAAAGGAGAAGGUGAAGGAGAUGUUGAUGGAAGGCAUUAAUAGAAUAGCCGUGGUGGGAAUCUCCGGCAUCGGAGGGAGCGGCAAGACGACUCUCGCCAGAGAGAUUUGUAGAGAUCCAGAGAUUAGAAGUUACUUUGAAGAUAGAAUUUACUUUGAGACUUUAUCACAAUCUCAAAAUUUGGAGAGUUUGAAGUUGAGGCUGUGGGAACAAAUUAGUGGCAAUAUAGUUCUUGGUGUAUAUAAUCAGAUUCCACAGUGGCAGAUGGAGUUGGUGCCUAAAGAUAAAGGACCAUUUCUUCUGGUAUUAGAUGAUGUGUGGUCAGUCUCAGAGCUCGAAGAACUUAUUUUCAGAGUGCCAGGAUGCAAGAUUCUUGUGGUGUCACGGUUCAAAUUCCCGGCGAUUGUCAAGAGCACUUAUGAGAUGGAAUUACUGGGAGAAGAGGAUGCUUUGUCUCUCUUCUGCCAUGCAGCUUUUGAGCAGACAUAUAUACCAUCCACUGUUGACCAGAAGUUAAUCAAGCAGGUUGUUGAAGAGUGCAAAGGGCUUCCUCUAGCUCUAAAGGUCAUUGGUGCUUCUUUAAGAGACCAACCUCCAAAAUUUUGGCUAAGAGCCAAAAAUAAACUUGCCCGUGGAGAAACUAUAUCUGAAUCCCAUGAAAAUAAAGUGCUAGAAAGAAUGGCAUCAUCCAUAGAUUUUCUAUCAGGGAAAGCGAGGGAGUGUUUCCUAGAUCUUGGAUCUUUUCCGGAAGACAAGAGGAUCCCUUUGGAUGUGCUAAUCAACUUGUGGAUGGAGCUCCAUGAUCUUGAUGAGGAAGAUGCUUUUGCUAUUUUAGUGGAGCUUUCUAAUAAGAACCUUUUAACUCUAUUGAAAGAUGCACAGAAUAGGGCUGGAGAUAUCUACAGCAGUUACACAGAGCUUUGUGUUACUCAACAUGAUUUGUUGAGGGACCUCGCACUCCAUGUGAAUAAUCAAGAGCCUCUAAAUACUCGAAGGAGGUUGAUCAUGCCGAGGAGGGAAAAAGAACUUCCAAAGGAAUGGGAGAGAUUCAAGGAUCAGCAGUUGGAGGCGCAGAUUGUUUCCUUUAAUACAGGUGAAAUGAAUGAAUCUGAUUGGUUUCAGAUGCAUUUUCCCAAGACUGAGGUACUAAUUUUGAAUUUUGCUGCCGAUGCAUACUUCUUGCCACCUUUUCUGAGUGUUAUGCCCAAGCUGAAGACUCUCAUCUUGAUCAAUUAUGGUGCUUCAUGUACAACAUUACAAAAUCUCUCUGUAUUCACAUCUUUAAGUAACUUGAGAAGCCUCUGGCUCGAGAAAAUAGCCGUCCCGCCUUUGCCAAGGACCACAGUCCCCCUGCAGAACUUGCGGAAAGUAUCUCUUGUUUUAUGUGAAUUAACCAACAGCCUCAGAUGUUCUAAGGUGGAGCUCUCCUUGACAUUUCCACGCCUGUCGCAUCUAGCAAUAGAUCAUUGCAUUGACAUAACCAAACUUCCUUCUGCCAUUUGCGACAUCAACUCGCUCGAAUGCUUAAGUAUAUCCAACUGUCAUGAUUUGUCUGAGUUGCCAUGUGAAUUUGGCAAGCUAAGUUCUCUAGGGAUUUUAAGGGUUUAUGCUUGCCCUGCUCUGAAGAGACUACCUCAGUCAAUCUGCUUGUUGAAAGGAUUAAAGUAUCUCGACAUUUCUCAGUCUUUUAAUCUCCAAGAGUUGCCAGAAGAACUUGGCCACAUGACGAGUUUGGAGAAGAUUGACAUGCGAGAAUGUUCCCAAUUGAAGACUCUACCAAGAUCCUCAUCAUCCUUGAAGUCUCUUGGGCAUGUGAUUUGUGACGAAGACAUUGCAUCCUUAUGGAAAGAAGCGGAAAAAGAUAUACCAGAUCUCCGCAUUCAAGUAGCUGAGGAAAGUUUCAACUUGGACUGGCUGGUAGAAUAAAACUAGUACUAGUUGUUUCGUAUAUAGUGUACAUAACUGUAAGUAUAACUUGUAUAUAUGUAGCCGACUCCAGAAUAGCAUGUCUGGUGUUUAGGUGGAGUCACAUGAAACCUAAAGGUUCCUUUUCUUUA